AUGCUGGUUACCUAUUUGGAAGCCAGCCGGGACCUUUGCGAGACGGACUCAAUUCUUUUUGGCGCCGCGCUGGCAGUCUGCCGUAUCAUAGGCGCCAAGGUUUCCACGGCUGGACGCGCUACUGGCCAUAGUAGCGCUAUCCCAGCAUGGAGAAGAAGAAUUGAGGAACGUAUCGCAAAGGCUAGAGCUCUCAUCGGCAGACUGAUAUGCUUCAGAUCAGGCAACAACAGGCCAAGAAUUGUGCGCACCGUCAGGAUGGCGUUUGCUGGGACAAAUGUCAGUUUGUCCCAGCCGGAUAUAACGCAAAAACUGACGGAGCGCAUAGAUGAUCUGAAGCAGAGAAUCGCUGCUUGGGGAAAGCGGAUUCGGCGAUAUACCGAGAGGUCGACACGGUUCAACCAGAAUCGUCUCUUCCAGAGUGAUCAGAAGAGGCUCUAUGAAUCAUUGGAGCGACCAAUGGUAAGUGGAACGGGUCCAGCACCGAAUCAGGCCGACACUGUAGCAUUCUGGCGCGGCCUGUGGUCAGAGCCCGUAAACCACAGCGAGGGCCCUUGGACGGAAGUUGUGGCGAGUCAGUGUGCGGGUAUUACGCCCAUGGACCCCGUCAUCAUAACGCCGGAUGACGUAGCUGAGGCGGUUCGUAGGGCCCCGAACUGGAAAAGUCCGGGGCUUGACUGGCUGCAUCACUACUGGCUGAAGGGGUUCAUGUCACAUGGACCUGCUCAGAUGGGUACAGUAACAGUUCUUACCUUAAAAACUGCUCGCAAGCUGUGA